CUGCUGGAAUUACCACACCCUGGAGCUGGACAAAGAUAGAAACUGGGCAAAGGUAGAAGCUGGGUGUAGCCACACGCUUCCUGCAGCUCAGCCCUCUGGGCUCCUCUCUUCUCCCACAGCUUCUUUCCUCCAAUUCUCUCUGAUCUUUUCCCCCAUCUUCUUUCCAAAUAUUCAUCCCCUUCUCCUCCAUCAUCUCCUUCUCCACCUCCUUCCACUACCUCCUUCUCCAAUCUUUGUCUCUCAUCUUUUACCAAUUUUCUACUCAUCCAUAUCCCCAUCUUCUCCAUCAUCUUCUACGUUUCCCUCCUCUCUCUCCUUUCCCCAACUCCUUCCCCCCUCCCCUUCUCCAGCACAGAUGCGCUUCUCAUUGGGCUGCAAUCACCCCAGUUUUGCUUUCCAAUGGAGGACCCUCCUGGCUCAUCUUGUGGCUCUGCACCUCCUCCAUCUGGGAUCAGCCCAGCUCACGGUGGUGGCACCGAGCCUCCCUGUCACUGCCAUCGUGGGACAGGACGUCGUGCUGCGCUGCCACUUGUGUCCUUGCAAGGAUGCUUGGAGCUCAGACAUCAGAUGGAUCCAGCACCGGUCCUCUGGCCUUGUGCACCACUACCAAAAUGGAGAGGACUUGGAGCAGAUGGAGGAGUAUAAGGGGAGGACAGAACUGCUCAGGGAUGGUCUCCCUGAUGGAAAUCUGGAUCUGUGCAUCACUGCUGUGAGCUCCUCUGAUAGUGGCUCAUACAGCUGUGCUGUGCAAGAUGGUGAUGGCUAUGCAGAAGAGAUGGUGAACCUGGAGGUGUCAGAUCCCUUUUCUGAGAUUGUCCAUCCCUGGAAGGUGGCUCUGGCUGUAGUCAUCACACUUUUGCUUGGGUCAUUUGUCAUCAUUGCUUUUCUCCAUAGAAAGCAAGCGGCACAGAUCAGAGAGCUGAAGAGUAAAGAUGCAAAGUUGGAUGAACAAGAUGACAUAUUGUAUUCAAGUGCUGCAGGUCUGAAGAAACUAGCUGAAAAACUGGUUGAACAAAUUCAAGUAGUGGAGAAGAAGCAAUCAGACAUGCAGAAAAUCUACAAAAAUACGGAUUUUGGUGUUGCAGAUCUGAAGCCACUAGCUGCAGAACUGGAGAAACACUGUGAAAAGUUGGAGAAACACUGCAAAAAGUUGGGUGAGUCUCCCCUCCCAUAUAAAAAUGAUGGGGUCUUCCUGUGUGAGCUGUAUGAUGAGAUGUUGUUCUCAUUGCACUUUGUUUUGGCUUUUCCUUUGCAGAGAGAGGGGGUGCAAAGUUGGAGAAACAAGAUGCAGAACUGGGGGAACGAACUGAAGAAUUGGAAGAAUAAUCUGAAGAAUUGGAUUGAGAGAUGAACUGUGCCUCACAGUAACCACAGGAGUUAAGCUUACAUGACUGUUGAUUGCACAGCAUACCAAAACCAUGAUAAAUGGAAGCGAGCAAGGAAAUCCACAGCAGGAACAAGAGGAGCCAGUAUUUGUAUUGAUUGAGAACACUGCACUUCACUCAGGUGAGCCAAAGCUGCCUGAGGAACUACUGAACUGAGGAUGUGUGACCUCCAACUGAAAUUUAAUUGGAAGAAAGAAGCCAUAUAAGGGAAGAAUACAGGAGGAAGAUGAAGUGCCUGGAAAAGGGACGGGCAUUUUGGAAAUAGUGUAAUCAUGUGUCAGGGUUUGUGAAAAUCUAAUGAACACGUAAGGCUUUUGGAAAUAGAAGCACGCAUGCAGAAGGAAAGGUGGAAAACUGCUUUGGGAGUUAACACUGUUUGCUGUCACAAUAUAAUAAAGGAUACUUGCUGACGGUAA